GUCUCCACCCCACCCCACCCCCUCUCCUCCUCCCCAUUGUCGCGAGAAACCCUCGUCCCUUCCUAUCCUCCUUCCCAUGGCGGAGUCGUCCGAGAACGCCGCCGCGGCGCCCGCGCCACCCGCCGCCCCGGCCCCGGCCCCGGUCCCGUCGCCGGCGCCGAAGACGUCCCCGCCCGCCAGCUCCGGGAUCCCGCCGCGGUACGACCUGGAUGCCAAGUGGGACGCCUGCCUCGACCUCUCCAUCCGCCGCGUCGCCUACUCCUCCCUCGCCGGCGCCUUCGGGGGCCUCAUCCUCUUCCGUAGCCCAACAACCCGCUGGGCAUCAGUUGCACUUGGAGCUGGUGUGGGGAUAGGGGCUGCGUUCACUGAAUGCUCAUACAUAUUCAAUGGUUCUCCUCCAAAGUGGUCGGCCAAAGCUGCGACUGUUGCUGCUCAUUCUGAAGGGGGAGACAAGUAAACACUGUGGGCUGGACCAAUAGUGUAGUCCAAUCUUGGUGGAGUUUUGGAGUGUCUUGAUUGAACCUAGUUGCCGUUUCAUGGCUGAUAUCGCCACUUGUCAUAGUAUCUCCUGAAAGUUAGCAUGUGGCCCUCGUGAAUUUUCUUCACACAUUACCGAAAACCAUUCCUGACUGCGGUCUGAUGAUGACCCUAUGGCUGCGUGAGCUUGGUCAGUCCUGAGGUUUUUAUGUCCGGCAAUAAAUUUUCUGUAUGUGAACUUGUCGUUGAAUGCUGCGGCUGCGCUACUACUAUACUUUACGCUUGCAAUCUUGGUGGUUUGAUCGUA